CUUUUUAGGGUUUGGCGAUCGAUCGGACCUUCGUGGCUCCUCUAGCUUCGCAUUUUGCCCCCUCGUACGUUUCUAAUGUGCAGAUCUGUGUUGCUGUUGUAUUUUUCUUUCUUUCGAAUGUUUUGUGACGAGAAUCCGUUACUUGUUGCUACUUUUUUUUCUCAGUCUAUGUUGCGUGGAGUUCGGGAGUUAAGGUGUCCAUAGCAAAGCUUGCCAUACAUCAUGGCGGCCCCUGCCGGUGCGAUCCAAAAGGUUCUUGAGGAAACUUUGGCAACUGCCGCAAAAGCUAUAGAAGACCAACUAGAUGACGAAUUAGCAAAGCUGGACAAGUUAGAGGAUGACGACCUAGAGAGGUUACGUGAGAAAAGAAUUCAACAGCUAAAGAAGCAAGCAACCAUGCGGCAGCAAUGGCUGGGACAAGGACAUGGUGAAUACCAGGAGAUUUUCAAUGAGAAAGACUUCUUUGCGAAAGUGAAGACAAGUGAUCGCGUUGUAUGCCACUUUUAUCGCGAGAAUUGGCCGUGCAAGGUGAUGGACAAGCAUUUGUUAGUGCUUACCAAGCAGCACUUGGAGACGAAAUUUUUGAAGAUCAACGCGGAGAAAAGCCCUUUCCUCACAGAAAGAUUGAAGAUCUUUAUGCUGCCAACUCUCGCAUUGGUGAAGAAGGGCAAAGUGGAGGAUUAUGUGGUUGGAUUUGAUGAGCUUGGAGGUACGGACGACUUCAGCACGGAGGAUCUUGAGGAUAGGUUAGCAAAGUCCGGUGUUAUUUAUGGUGCAGAAGGCCGAGUUGCGCGCCCUGUAGCUUCACAGUCAAAGCGUAGUGUCCGACAAGGGACCAGCUCUUACAGCGGAGACAACUCUGAUGAUGAGGAAUAGCUGUGUGUCAACAGUGUAGAUUUCUGACGACAGCCCCUUGUCUUGUACAAUACUUAACUGUGAGGUUGUUCACCUGCCAACGUCAUAUUCUGCUUGCCAAUUCAUGGUGUAAUCAUGUGAUUACAACUUAGAAUGAUUUUGUAGAUUUUGUCCGAGGGCUAUUAAAUGAUUGCGAACCUCCACAAACAUUGUGAGGGUUCGAGUAGAUUUUAUGAGCGUUAAACCAGAAUUUUCUCAAUCUAUGAUGAACACUGCAGAAUUUGGAACAGAUCUCAAUACGCGGCGGUGAUCCUUUGAAAUUUUUAUGGGUGUGGUUCAAUCAUCACCGACUGUUUCAUC